AUUAGAUAUGUGCGCAGGUGUGGCUAGCUCUAAGUUGUCAUCAUGGAUCAUAUCAUAGAAUGGCAGUGCCCAGUCUGUACCCUGCUGAAUAAAGCUAGUGCUUUCAAGUGUCGUAUGUGUGGCACAGCAAAGGGAACAUCAACUAGGCAGAGCAAGCAUACUGUUACCUUUCAGCAACAAUUCUUAGCAGAAACACUACAUAAAGGUGCUAGGAGUUAUACUAGGAGCUCAUCUCUUCCUGGCUGUAGUAAUACUGUAGCUUCAACCAGUAAAAGAAAACUUAAAGGGAAGGCCAGCAAUAAAAGAAAUAGUACUCACAGAUCCUGGCCGACAUUAAAUGACAUAGACAGAUCAACAGGAAAAUCUUAUUCAGUAACUGUAGGAUCAGUGACUGUAGUGAUUACAGAGUAUAGACAACUUACUUCAAAUAGGUAGUAGUGGACAUAACAUCUGUAUGAUUAUAACUAUGAUGCUAAUGUCUAAUGAAAAAUUAUGUAUAGUCUUGGGUGUGUUUGUGGUGUACUUAUAAUAUCAUGUCUGCGAUGAGGUCAUACAAUGAAAUCAUAGUCUGUUGUAUGGUGUACAUGUCAUAAUGUCUAGUAGUAGCAGUUGCAAUGUUGAAGUCUUGUAAUAUUAUAGUAUUUUCAGUUAUUGCAACCAAUUAAAAGUGAUGA